GGUGUAUAGACACAUCCAACUUGUUAUUUGUAAUUUAUGUUUUAUGUAUAGUAUUAAAUAUCAUUUUUUAUUACACACUGCUGUAAUAUGAACUUUUCAAUAAAAUGUAAUUAAUAAUGACAGAUAAAUAUUAUGACAAGGGUUGUUUUAUAAUUUUUAUCACAAUGUUAUAUCAAAAGGACUAUUUAAAGUGUCUGAUGAGCAGUUCGAGAUGUUGGUGAUGAUAUGUAAUGUGAUACAGCAUGCUACGGAAGAGGAUAAUCAACGGUGCAAUGUCAAAAAGAUUGAGCUUCUUUAUUCUAGUCGGAUUAACAUCACUUUGUAUUCUUGUACUAAUAUUUAAUCAACGUUAUUACAAUAUCAUUGAGAAUCAUCUCCAGCCCGUUAUAUCGGAUGUGGAGAUAAGGUCUCGGAAUAACGUCAAACAACAUCAAGACCCAUUUACGAUUUUUUCGGAAAGAAUAAAUCUUUCAUUCUUGGAGAUUCAAGAUGUUGUUGAUCAACAGCGAAGUAACAUCGAACGUGAUAUGGAAAAUUAUGAGUAUCCUAACGGAAAAUACGGCCUCAAUAUAAGCCAUUUAGAUGAUUUAGUAAUGGAGAAAGGUGGAAGACCUAUGAGAAGUGUUAUUCUUGCUAAUUGGCGAAGUGGGAGUACAUUUGUAGGUGAUGUUGUCAAUUCACACCCCGCUAAUUUUUAUCAUUACGAACCACUGCUUGAUUUUGGAAUUGUACAAGUUCGAAGACCACCCUUAGCUCAAUCCGCAAUUGCUAAUAUUUACGCGUUAUUUAAUUGUGAAUAUAAUAAACUACAAAAUUAUCUAGACUUUGGAAAAACUCACCCUUGGGUUUUCAAUCACAAUACACAUUUAUGGACACAGUGUGUAAUUCAUAGAAAAAUAUGCUGGGAUCCAUUGUUUGUUACAAAAUUCUGUCGAAUAUUUCCAUUUCAAUCGAUGAAACUUGUGCGAUUGAGAUUGAGAAUUGCUCAAAUGUUACUAGAGGACAAAAGCCUUGGAGUUCGCAUGGUUUUACUAAUAAGAGACCCACGAGGACUGAUGCAAUCACGUAAGCAUCGGAAUUGGUGUCCAGAUAGUCCUGAUUGUUCAGAUCCGGCACGUGUUUGUGCUGACAUGGUGUCUGACUAUGAAGUUGCUGUACGACUUAGAGAAAAAUAUCCUCGUAAUUUUAAAGUUUUACGGUAUGAAGAUUUAUCUGUUGAUCCGUUUUCAAACGCCAAGGAGCUGUUUGAAUUUUACGGUCUAAACUUUCAUUCUAACGUUAAAAAAUUUUUGGAGACCCACACGAAAAACGAUUUCGGUGGCGUUUCAAGUACUUUUCGUAACUCAAAAGCCGCACCGUUUCACUGGCGCAAUGAUCUUGACUUCGAAGAAGUUGAAGAAAUUCAAAGUGUAUGCUCAACUGCUAUGAGGUUGUGGGGCUAUGUACUAGCUCUCAACGAGACUCACCAAAGAGAAUUUAAUCCCAUCGCUAAGGAUUAUCAGCCUUUAUAAUACAUGCAAUUAAUUUUUUUAAUAAUGUAAAUUCCUAUUUAUCUUUUAAAUCCACGUUCAGCUCGUACGUUCCUAGUCAAAAGUUAGUUUACAAGCAAAAUUUAUUGCUUGGUUUUUAUUUAUUCCCUACGAUUUUUAACGAAAAUAUUAUUUAUUUGAUGUGAUGUAUUUAAUGUUAGUUCAAUUUAAAGAUAGAGUAGAGUAAUAUUAGAUUAUACAUCAUGCAGGUUUUAAAUCCGUCUUGAAUUUUUAAGAAAAUGAAAAUAAAAAAACGCCUAAAAGUGCCUGCUAUGGUCUUUACAGACCUUAUUUGUACUAAGUUACCAGAAACAUGCUAAUAAUAGUAUUUAUUGCAUAUGAAUUAAUAGUAUUUUAAAUAUUAACUUGAAAUUUUUUUUAUUUUUUUAAACAUUUAUUUUCGAUGCGAAUAACCACUCGCGUUUAUUCUGUUGAUUGUGAUGAU